AUGAACGCGGAGAGCAAUGACGACACAUAUUACCUGAGGAGGAAAUCACGAAGGACCGACGAGUGCAAGUCCAACGAUGAUUCAAUGUUUGCGGCACAGACAUAUUUAUCGGUUGAUCAGAAAACUGACUGCGGUUCAAUGUCCAUGAUGGAAGACAAACAGUACUGGUGUGAGCAAUGGGUUCUAGCUCAUCGUGAAGGCAACAUUCCUGAAGAAAAAAAAUAUGUUGCUAAAAAAUGCGUUGUUACAAAUAAUUCAGAUGAUACAGAGUCGUAUAAGUCUAGCUUGGAUUUAAAUAAUUUAAAAGAGUGCAAGAUACAACAACCUAGAAAAAAAAAAUUGGAUUUGGACAGAGUAAAAAUGAAUUACUGUUGUAGAUGGGGAGACUGUAAUUAUGAAAUAUCUUGUUUAAAAAGUUAUUUUCAUCAUGUCAGCGAGCAUGUAGAUUAUUUGUGGACUGAAGAAUGGCAGAGCAAUAAAGAAAAAUGGUUUUCAUGUUUAUGGAAUAGUUGUACAUUUCAAUCAAACUGUGAGGUGAAGUCCACAACCCAUGUAAAUUUCCAUGCAUAUCACACACGGCUUAAAUGUGUCGGCUUGAAUGUUUUAAAUCUUUGUGAAAUACCUGGAUGUAAGUUGAACAGUGAUGGUGCUAACAUCUUACCAGAUUUACCCAGUGAAUUUGAAUGUAAUUGGAAAAAUUGUAAUGAUCGGUUUGAAUGUAUGCAAUACUAUGCAUAUCAUGUGGCUAAUCAUUUAGAAGUCACAGAAUUCAAAAAUUCUAACUUUAUCUGCCCUUGGACAGAUUGUACUUUACAAUUUUCUGCCCGUUACCGAUUAGUCGACCACUUAAAAAGCCAUACUCAAGAAAAAUCAUGCGCUUGUCCUAACUGUGGCAUUAUGUUUGCCACUUAUACUAAAAUGAAAGAUCACUGUAGACAAUCAAAUAAAGACAAAAGCAAUCAGUGUAAAUUUUGUAAAAAAACAUUUUCGUGUGAACGAUUACUAAAACAGCAUGUUCGCCUUCAUAUAAAUUAUUUUAAAUGUCACCAGUGUGAUGCAUCAUUUUCUAGAGCAAUACAACUAUCCACUCAUAUACGUUACCGUCACAUAGAUAUAAAACCUUUUAAAUGUCAUUUGUGUACAUCUCAGUUUGUACGCAAAGUCGAUCUUACCACACACUUACGAAAACAUGCGUCAGGCCCAUUAUUCAAAUGUUCAAAGGACGGCUGUGAUUUUUCAUGUCGAAGCGAGUACACAAUGAGAAAGCAUAUAGGGGUAGAACAUUAUAAUGCAGAAGAACUGUACAAAUAUUACUGUCAUAUGUGUGGUGAUUUGUUCUUAAGAGGUUCAUUUCUCACCAAACAUUUAAAAACUGAUCAUAACUUCCAUAAACCAGCUGGCUUGAAACGUUUCAGGUACAUUGAAGAUGAUGAUGGAUAUUAUAAACUUCAAAUGUCAAGAUAUGAAUGCCUAGACAUACAAGAACAAAAAAAAAUUAAGUUGAUCAAUCCCAAAAAAGUGCUUGUCAAAAAAAAAAGUCAAACUACAUCAUGCAAUGAUAAGCAAGCAAUAGAAUUUAUGGUCGAAAUUUUAUCAUAUACAAGUGAUGAUGAAGACAAUGACGAAAUGGAAUGAUUUAAGAUAAAAUUGAUUUAUUAUUAUAAUGCAAUAUUUUAGAUAAAUAACUAAUAAGACUAUUAUUUAUUAAGGUUUAGUGUGAUUUAAAAAAUUAUAUUUUUAGAAUUUUCAAUA